GUGCAUGUAUCAUGAGACUCGUGUUGACUUGAUGAGGGUUUAUUUGGAGUUUAAUAAGCGAUAUUUCUUCUGCUUCUUGGAUGUGCAGGUGGAAUAUGUGCUGAUGGUUUAACAGAUGUUCUAUUAUCGGCUGCUUUGAGAAGAGGAAGUUGCUAAGCUACCUGAAAUCACCUGGUUAGAUUCCUGCUGGUGGAACGAUCUCGAUCAUGGCCGCAGCCCUGUGUUGGAGAACGCUCACGUUCCUGAGCGUGCUGGUCGCCGGAACACUCUCCAGCGAAAACACGAAGCGGUGCAAACUGAUGACCGAGAGUCCGUCCGAGAGACAAGUGCUCAGCCUCCUGGAGCCUCUCACUAAUCAGAACUUCUCGUUUGAGGACAGUAACCAUAAGGAGACCUACACCUACGUCUUCCAGGUGUGUGGCGACGCCGACGGGAUGAAGGACGCCGGACUGGUGCAGAGCAACAAGGACGGCACUCAAGUCCGCAUCGGAAACUAUACGUCAGCGCAGGCUAUCAAGGGAUCUGACUGGGUGAUGCUGAUCUAUACCGGCGGGACUAAAUAUCAUGAACAUUGCUCAGGAGAGGAGAGGCGAGCCAUCAUCAUGAUCUCCUGUGAUAGAACUAAAGCCUCGACCCCCCUGUCAGCGGUGCUGGAGAACAGAGAAAGAGACAAACAGUGUUUUUAUUUGUUCGAGAUGGAUUCCAGCGCAGUGUGUCCUGUUAUUGAAUCGAAACUCAGCAUCGGCUCGAUACUUCUCAUUGUUGGCAUCUGCUGCUUGGCCGUGUACCUGAUCGGUGGAGCUCUCUACCAGCGACUGGUCCUGGGAGCGAAGGGCGUCGAGCAGUUUCCACACUACACGUUUUGGUCGGAGAUCGGAAACCUCUCAGCCGACGGAUGCGACUUUGUGUGCCGUUCCCGAGGCAGCAGACAGGAAGCGCCCGCCUACAGGGGUGUCACCACCGAACCGUUGGAGGAGCCGGAGGAGCGAGACGAUCACUUACUUCCCAUGUGAUCGGAUUAAGAAGCCCUGAGCCGCCCGGGUGUGGAUGCAGGUCGGGGGGGGGGGCUCGGGAAACGAACCAUACGCACUUAUUCUUAUGCAUUUAUAUAAUACUGCUCGAGAAGAUUUCAAAAUAAACAUAUAGGUUCCAUACGCAUCAUCAUAUUAUUAAAUUACGUGUAGAAUUGUCACUCACGAGUAAAUAUUUGGUUUGUUUUCAGCUUUAUACGGGAGUUCUGUGCUCAGAUUAGAAUCCGACUAUGAUUUAUUUAUUUAUUUAGCUCCAAAGAUGCACUUCUUAUGCAUUUCCCCCUAAUUUAGUCAUAUCCGAUUCCCCAGUCGGCACGUGUGCAGCACUGAAUGCGCUAACAGAGAGUCACACACUGAUCUCCAUCAUCCCCGGUCUAUGUGCAGUACCAUCGAUCAGCCAGCAGAGGUCGUAACUGCAGCACUUAUGAUGAGCCCUCUCAGACGCUCCCACCCUAGGAUGAGUCGAUCCUCGUCUGUAUAGGCGCCCGGCCGGCCGAUAGCAGAGCUGAGAUUCGAACCUCGAUAGGUCACCGUCUGUGAUGAAUUUUGGCAUGUUCUUCCCAUGAUACCGCUCUGAAUUGUGAUGCCCUACGAUCUAUUGGUGCCCUUGGAUUUUCGUGUUGGCACCGGACCCACCGCUACCCCGGCCUGAUCAGGAUCAUUAAUUCUCUUCCUAACACUUGGGGUCUGUCCGAAAUUCUAGUGACCCGCCCUGCUGCCUCAGUAGGAGCAUUUUAAGGGAUCUAAGAAUUUAGACACGCCCUCUUCUCUGGAGUGUAGAAUGAUAGGGUUACCUUGUAUGUUUGCUCAUUGGUUGUUUUUUUAAUCACACCUAACAGAAUACAAUGACUGACUGUAGCCCGUCUGUGGCUUUGUACACUUUAUUCUCCUUCAAUCUCUGUGUGGUUCCCACUGACCGGGCGUUGUUUGUAUAUUUAAACACCUGCUUUAUCAGACACACACACACACACACACACACACACCCUGUAUGGUCAGUGUGUGUACAUUGUACUUCCGGGUACUCUUCAUUUUCCUUCAGUGUUUUUGUAUUGCAGUGCUUUGGCAGUGCCAGUGGUAGCCCCACCACUGCCAAGUUGCCACUGUUGGGCCCCUAAGCAAGGCCCUUAAUCCUCAGUUGCUCAAACUGUUACAGUCAUAACUGUAAGUGGCUUUGAAUAAAAAACGACUAAAUGAUUUAAAUGAUCCGCCAUCCUAAUAUCGGUUGGUCAGUGGGGGUCAGAUAGGGUUAAUAAAGUGCACAAAGCAACAAAACAAGUUACAGUUAGUAACUGUAUAACCACAAAGUGUAUAAACUGCCUGAUUGAGUAAGUAAGGUUAGUGAGUGACUGAGUGAAUAAAUGUGUGAAUGAGUGACUGGGUGAAUGAGUGGGUGAGCGACUGGGUGAAUGAGUGGUUGAGUUACUGGGUAAAUAAGUGGCUGAAUGAAUGGGUGAAUGAGUGGCUGAAUGAAUGGGUGUAUGAAUGAGUGGCUGAAUGAAUGGGUGUAUGAAUGAGUGGAUGAAUGAAUGGGUAAAUAAGUGGCUGAAUGAAUGAAUGGGUGAAUGAAUGGAUGAAUGAAUGAAUGGAUGAAUGAAUGGGUAAAUAAGUGGCUGAAUGAAUGAAUGGGUGAAUGAGUGGAUGAAUGAAUGGGUAAAUAAGUGGCUGAAUGAAUGAAUGGGUGAAUGAAUGGGUAAAUAAGUGGCUGAAUGAAUGAAUGGAUGAAUACGUUUGUGAAUGAAUGGGUAACAGUGGUAGAAUGAGUGGGUGAAUGCGUGGAUGAGUGACUGGGUGAAUGAGUGGUUGAAUGAUUGGGUUAGGUCAGUGAGGUGAAUGAAUGAAUGAAUGAGAUAGAGAGAGAGAGAGAUUUAGGUAAUGCUGUGUUAUAAUGUUAUAAUACAUUUAUUCAGGCUGUAUUUCUACCAGACCCACUGUAACCCUGAAUGAGUGAUUACUGUAGAUGAAUGAGUGAUUACUGUAGAUGAAUGAGUGAUUACUGUAGAUGAAUGAGUGACCCAUGGCGAUCAUGGUGAUCAGAUGUACUACUACUUGAAUGAUUUUUUGUAUUUAAUAGUGAACUGCCGGAUCGUACCGUCGCCCCUCUGGACUCUUUAUUACCUGAUUUAAAAAGGGAAGGAUGGAUUAUAUAAAUAAAUAAAUACUUUAUUUUAAAUACUGUACACAGUAAACAACAAUAGAAGAUUAUUUGCUGAUGUUUGAUUAACUGGUGAGACAUUUUCUUGUAUUAAAAACACUGUAAGUGAAAAUUCUGAGUGGAAUCUAUAUACUGACCUGUACGUUUAUUUUAAGUAUUUCAUUCAUUCUUAGUUUUGUUUUAGUUUUUUCCGAGUUAAAAGCUUAGUAUAUGUUUGCUUCACUGCGAUUUCUGGAAUAAAAUGGGUUCAUUUAAAUGGUGAUAUGAGAUUAAUUUCUAAAACGAGGGUUUAACCAGACGUGUUACUAUGUUAUUGCUCAUUUUGUUUAAACAAUAUUUAAAGUUAAAGACCUGGGUCUAUUUUUUGUCUGUAUUUUUUUUAAAUCCAUGCUUUAAUAAUAAAUUCUCUAGACAGGGAAAGUGUGUGACAGAUAUUAAGUCACAACACCCAGAAAAAUUUAAACGCUGGUGAGACUCAGGAUCCUGAUCAUUAAAACUGACUAAAGUUAUAAGCAGUUCUGCUUUUUUCCUCUUUUUUUUUGGUGUAUUAUGUGAAAAAAAAGCUCUGCUUGCGGUGGAAAGAUUGAAAUAAAGAGUUUUAAUGCAUAAAA